AUGUCUAUAAUGGUUAUUGGUUUUGGUUAUCAAUUUUCUUGUUCAUUGCUCGGGCUCAUCUAUAAUGAGAUGGGUGAUAAGAACAAAGCCUUGGAUUUCUACAUGAUUGCUGCCCAUUUAACCCCAAGGGAUGCAUCUCUGUGGAAGCUUCUUGUGACAUGGUACUACAGACUGCGGCCCAGCUGUAUAAAAUGUGGCCAAUCUGAGCGUGCAGUCAGUAUACUGGAAAGCUAUCUCAGAAAUUGUUGCAAGCAACCUGAUUUAAAUGUGAUUGAUAUAUUGGCUUCACUACACAUAGAAGGCAAUGCACAUCUAAAAGCCCUCGAGCAUAUUGAGAACGCACAGCAGGUUUACUGCUCUGGGAAAGAGAUGCCAUUAUGUCUACGUAUAAAAGCUGGAAUAUGUCAUAUUCACUUUGGAAACUUUGUAAAACCAGAAGCUCUUAUCAAUGUUUUGAGAAAUGAGAAUUUACAUGAUCAUCCCCAGUUGAUUAUUGAGAUUGAAGAUUCACUAAUGAAUCACGGGCAUUACGAAUCUGCACUAGAAUACUAUAUGAUUUGUCUGGGGAAGCGAUUGCAAUCAAUUGAUUACUUCUCCAGAGCUUUAGACAAACUUAAGAAUAGUGUUGAUGCUUGGUUGGCUUUGUCAUUACUUCUUCUUGAAGAAAAUAAAGAUGACGAAGCCAUUUCUCUUCUCUGUCCUCCUAAAGAAUCAGAAUCACUAUUUAACUUGAACCUAAAUGCAGCAAAACCAUGGUGGCUUAAUGGGAAGAUAAAGUUGAAGCUUUCUCAAAUCUAUAAAGCUAAAGGAUUGUUCGAGGCAUUUGUAGAUGUAACUUUUCCUACAAAACUAUGA